AUGGCAGAUUUUACUGAAUCGCAAAAAAAAUAUAUGAAAGAACUUUUUCAAAAUAUUACUACUAAUUUUGAACAAAAAACUGAAGACGUAAAGAAAACCCUUAAGAGCGAAUUUACAAAGUUUAAAGAAGAAAUUAAUGUUAAAAUAAAAAACUACGAAGAUAAGAUCGAACAACUAGAAACCGACAACACUACACUAAAAAGACAAGUUUUAACAUUAGAAAGAAAAAGCCGAAAAAAUAACAUAGUAAUAUUUGGUCUUAACACUGUGACUCCAACAAAUAUUAUUGAGGAAGUUUUAAAACUUUUUAAGGAAACGUUGCUAGUCCCAAUAUCUGAACAAGACUUAAGUCAUAUUUACACCAUUGGAAAAUCUGCAGAGAAGCCAAUUGUAGUAGAAUUUAUUUCAUUUUAUAAAAAACUUGCGGUAAUAAAAAACUGUUAUAAACUAAAAAAUACAAAUAUUGCCAUAAGCCAAGAUCAGUGUCCCGAAGAUCAGGAAAAUACAAAAAUUCUGCGAAAAUAUAAGAAAGAAGCUGAAGAAAAGGGAGAAAAGGCCACUAUAAAAUUCAACAGCCUCAAAAUUGAAGAUAAGGUUUACUCUAUUAGGGAACUACAAGCAAAAAAAGACACAAACAGAGAAGAUACACAAACUUCAACAAACUUCAAGCGCAACAUCGUCGAGGUUGAAUCUGGGGAGGAAACUGAGGUACCGGAAAUUAAAAAAAACAAAGUGGCUACAAAAGUCAACAAAGAAGCCGAAAAAUCUCGAAUGUUAAGAUCAAUAAUUCCAAAACUUCAGGAUUUAAAAUUUCUUAUUGAGAGCGGGGGGUUUGCUUUCUUUGCACUAUCAGAAACUUGGCUAAAUUCAACAAUAGAUAAUGAAGUUCUUAAGAUUAAAGGCUAUGAUUUUGUUAGAUGCGAUAGGGAAGGCCGUGGGGGAGGAAUAAUUUUGUAUUAUAAAAAUUGUCUGAAGAUUAAUGUUAUUAGCCAUAAUAAGAGUAACUGGUUUGAAAGUAUAUGGGUAUCGGUGAGUAUAAAUGGACUAAAAUAUGUUGUAGGUGUUAUUUACAGACCCCCAGGUUUUAAUAAUUUUUCCGAAUUCUUGGAUGAAUUUGAUGACAUAAUAUGUAAGCUUCUAAUUGAGUGUGACAGUUUUUUUUCUGUGGGUGAUUUUAAUAUCAAUUGCCUUGAUAUGACUAAUAAAAAUGUCUCUAAUUUUUUAAGUGUUUUAGAAUCAUAUAGCCUUAAACAAAUUAUUGAAGAACCAACACGGAUAACUGCUACUUGCUCAACCCUAAUCGACCUUAUAAUUACAUCUAAAAACAGUAAUAUUGUAUCAAGCAAAGUAAAUAAUGAUAUAGACCUAUCUGAUCAUUCUUCUGUUGAAUGCAGUUUCAAUGUUUUAUGUAUUAAAAAUGAGCCAAAGUUUUACACCUUUAGGGAUUUUAAAAAUUUUAAUAUUGAAGAAUUUUAUGUAAGUUUGUGCCGAUUUUCUUUUAAUGAAGUUUUUAAUGAGCUUGAUGUUAAUAAUAAACUAACUAUUUUAAAUAAUAUUUUACUUUCUUUGUUUGAUCACUACGCGCCAGUGCGUACUGUCAGAGUAACAAAAAAAAGGGCUCCCUGGUUAACUGAUAAUCUUAGGUUAAUAUUUAGACUUCGUAAUAAAGCAUUACAAAAAUUCAAAAAAACUAAAACACCUAAUAAUUGGGAUAAUUAUAAAAUGCUUAGGAAUUAUGCUAAUAAAUUAAUUAAAAAUGAGAAAAGAGCACACAUUAAUUCUGUUUUUACUUCUAAUAAUAGUAAACAAAACUGGAAGAUCUUAAAAGAUUUAAAUGUAACUUCCAAAUCCUUACCUGAAAUACCUUCCAACCUAAAUAAUGAAAUAGAUAUAAAUAAUUACUUUGCUUCUAUAAUUCAGACCGAACAAGAACCUGAUUCAAUUAAGUAUAAUUUUUACAAUAAUAACGAAAUUACUGGUGUUUCUUCAUUUCAUUUUUCUACUGUAAGUGAAAAUGAAGUACAUAAAUGUCUCCUCUCUAUUAAGUCCAAAGCUGUGGGUAGUGAUGGAAUAAGUAUAGGUAUGUUAUUGUUUUGCUGUCCCUUUAUUAUUCCAGUUUUGACACAUAUAAUAAACUACUGUAUAGAAACUAGCAGCUUUCCAAAAGGUUGGAAAUUGUCUUAUAUAACUCCUAUUCCAAAAGUCAGAUGCCCAACUGAAUUAAAAGAUCUUAGGCCUAUUAGUAUCCUACCAACAAUGUCAAAGAUUUUAGAAAAACUUAUAUACCAACAAAUAAGAAAUCAUUUGGAUACUUUUAACAUUUUACCACCCAUUCAAUCAGGUUUUAGAUCUAGAUACAGUUGUACAACAGCACUUUUAAAAGUAACUGAUGAUAUAUUACAAGACCUUGAUUCAAAUAAUAUGGCAGCUCUCAUUUUGUUGGAUUAUUCCAAAGCUUUCGACUUAAUUAACCAUAAAUUAUUACUUGCAAUUUUAAAAUUUAUUGGCUUUGGUUAUACUUCAGUAAUUUUUUUAAAGAUGUAUUUGAGUGACAGGCAGCAAUGCGUCAGGAUAAAAAAUAAUAUUUCGACUCCUGUUGAAAUCAAAUGUGGAGUACCGCAAGGCUCGAUCUUAGGUCCCCUUCUGUUUGCUAUAUACACAUCACAAUUAGUAAAAUGCAUUAAAAACUGCAAUUUUCACUUGUAUGCCGAUGACACACAAUUGUAUUUUCCUUUUAAGUGUGAAGACUUAUGUGAAAUUACAGGAAUAAUAAAUAAAGAUCUUGAAAAUUUAAGUUUGGAGUCGUCAGCACACUCUCUCCAAAUAAAUCCCCAAAAGUCUAAAGUUAUAGUUUUUAGCAAACGAGGAAAUGUACCCAGUAUUAGCUUAACUAUUAAUGGGCAGAAAAUUGAGCAGGUUAAUAAGGCAAAAAACCUUGGUGUUAUUUUUGACUCAAAUCUUAGGUUUUCUGAACAUGUUUCAAAUUGCGUCAAAAAGGCUUUUUAUAACUUAAAAAAUAUAUACUCACAAAGACAUUUAUUAAAUACUAAUAUUAAAAAACUUGUAUGCGAUUCAAUGGUACUUUCGCAUUUUAACUACUGUGAUGCCCUUUAUGGUUUUUGUCUUACAAAAAUUGAUGAAAGACGAAUACAAAGACUACAAAACUCGUGUGUUCGCUUAAUAUGUGGUGUAAGAAGGAGACUUUCAGUAAAAAGCAAAUUUUGUGAAAUAGGCUGGUUAAACAUGUCAGAGAGAAGACUGUUACACUCUCUUGUAUUAUUCAAUAACGUUGUCACUUAUAAAUGCCCACCAUACUUGUAUAACAAAAUAAAAUUUCGAACUGAUGUUCACACUUUAAAUAUUAGAAACAGACUUAACUUAACGAUACCUCGUCAUAAAUCAGCUAUUUUUCAAAGGAGUUACUCAUACAAUAUUGCCAAAUGGUACAAUUUGCUUCCUGAUAGUGUAUUCGUUGUUCAACACGUGGACGUAUGCAUGUUCUCGAACGGAAAAUUCAAAAACGUUGUAGCAGUGUGGAACGCGAAAGAUAAUUUUCCGGUGCAAUCCGGUGGAAAAUUCGACAAAACUUUUACUCUUUUACCGGUAUUCGUUGUUCAACACGUGGACGUAUGCAUGUUCUCGAACGGAAAAUUCAAAAACGUUGUAGCAGUGUGGAACGCGAAAGAUAAUUUUCCGGUGCAAUCCGGCGGAAAAUUCGACAAAACUUUUACUCUUUUACCGGUGAAAAGUUCAACUAAAAAUUGGAUAGCGCUUGAGGACUCGUACACCAAAUCAGGAACCAGUUUGGCUUCCACUGUUACCACAACAGCACAUAACCCGGACGACAGGAACGUUUUCGCAAUCUACGUCUCCUACUACGUGAAAGUGAAGCUGUUGGUGAGCGUUAUGGGUGGUGAGCUGAGUUUGAAGCUGCCCUUCACGUUGAUGCACACGUGCAGCGAGUUCGAACAUUCGGAGCCUAUCAUAAGGCUAGAACGCCCGAACUCCAUUCGGCUUGAAGACGGCGCAACCGAUCGUCGCACCCCUUCGCCCAAGCAGGACAAGGAUGGCACGUGAGAUCAGCAAAAGGUGGUGGUGGAGAUCAACCGGCCGCCCCCAUUCGCAGUGUCCCCCUCUCGCAGAGAGUCAUCAGCGUCUACGACGGCCCGCAAAACGUCCAGCGCGGCCAACGAUGACCUGGACAAGAUCGUGACGAUUAAACGGGAGGAGACGACGGAAGACGAGUUGGAACCGAAGCGCGCCGACGUCGUAGCGAAAGCGCCCGAAGAAAAACGCUUCAGCAUCCACAGGGCGUGGUGCUGUCUCAUGACCAGGCGGACUUCCUAGCAUACAGACCUCUACGACUCAGACUAGAGUAGGGUAGAUGUGUAACCCGACCAACUAAUAACGAUACAAACGAGUCAAAUUUGAGUGUAAUAAAAAUCAAGGGGGUUGUUAAUUUUUUGAAUGCAUGCAUUUUGUAAUAUAUCUGCAAAAAUCGAACAUUUUUUUUACUUCCAAAACUGAAAAAAUAAGCUGCUGUUUAUAAAAAUCCAUGGAUAAAUGGCGAAGUUAUGAAUUUUUCAGUGGAAGACCAAAAUUCAGUUUUUCGAGAAGUUUUACAUUUUUUCUUCAUUUCAUUGAACUAUAUAAUAGUUAUUUAUGUCAUUAGGUUAAGAAGUAAGGCUUUUUGUGCUAAGCUCAAGGCACUUCUUGGCCGAAUAGCAUACAACAUUUUAUCUUC